AGCGGGGCCGGGCUUGAGUUGGGUUGACCUGUGAAAGUGUGGGAAGGUCUGCGAGAGAAGCCGAGUGUUUUCAGCUCCGGAAGUGGCAGUUGUAAACUUCACCUCCCGGGGGCUCGUCCCCUCUUGUACCGCUUUGCUCUUUGUCUCCCUCCUCCCGGGUCCUAGAGUCCGUCGUGUUCCUACAGUUUUUGCUCUUAUCCCCGUGGGCUGCCUGAGCCUCCUUCUAUCCCUGAGACUUCGAGCGGCUCUUGGGGUCUUGGGUGUGCAGCAUGGAUCACGCGAGACCCCUGAGACCUUAGAUCAUCUAACCUGUAAGCCACAGACAUCUUGGACAAUUUUAAUCACCAAGAAAGAAAUAUGUCAUUAAGAAACAGCGGGAUAUUUUGAAAGAGUUGGAAAACAUCAUGAAUUUGAAUACUUUAAGUAAUGGCACUGGUGAUACCCAAAGGUUGAAGAAUGCCUCAUCAGAUGUAAAACAAAUACUUAAAACAGAAACAGAGUUGGAUAUUACUGCUGAUCUCAGGAAGAAACUCCAUCGGGCUAAAAAAGAAAAAUUAGAAAUAACAACCAAACACAAUGCAGAGCUGGCAAGCUAUGAGAGCCAGAUUGCCAAGCUACGGUCCGAGGUUGAAAAGGGAGAAGCAUUGCGACAAAGUCUGGAAUAUGACCUAGCUGUUGCUAGAAAGGAAGCUGGUCUUGGAAGACGGGCUGCUGAAGAAAGAUUAGCCGAGGCACAUAGGAUCCAAGAAAAGCUCUGUGCACAAAAUUCAGAACUUCAAGCAAAGACUUUUUUUUUUUUUUAAGCAUUUCAGACUUCUCAGCAAAAAUGGAAAGAAGAAUGCAGAAUUUUUUUUUUUUUUUUGGAGGAAAGAGACAAUAUGAUCCAAAAUUUCAAUCGAGAAUAUUUUUUUUUUUUUUUAGAAAAAAGCAGACUAGAGAAAACUCUACAGGAAGCAUUGGAAAAACAUCAACAGGAGAAGAAUGAGAUGGAGUCUCAUAUCAGGGAGACAGCAUUGGAAGAGUUUAGAUUUUUUUUUUUUUUAUGGGAAGCAGAAAGAAGAGAAUUACAAUUUAUAGUACAGGAGCAAGAUACUGCUGUGCAAAAUAUGCAUAAGAAAGUAGAAAAAUUAGAAACAGAGCAUAUGGACUGCUCUGACCUUUUACGGCGACAAACAAGUGAACUUGAAUUUAGCACUCAACGAGAGGAACGCCUUAGAAAAGAAUUUGAGGCAACUACUCUUAGAGUGAGGAAAUUAGAAGAAAACAUUGAAGCAGAAAGAGCAGCGCAUUUGGAAUCAAAAUUUAAUUCUGAAAUUAUUCAGUUACGGAUUCGAGACCUUGAAGGAGCUUUGCAAGUAGAAAAGGCCAGUCAAGCAGAAGCUGUUGCUGAUUUGGAAAUGAUCAAGAAUGAAUUUAAAGAAGUUGAAAGUGCAUAUGAGCGAGAAAAGCAUAAUGCACAAGAGAGCUUUGCAAAACUAAAUUUAUUAGAAAGAGAGUAUUUCUCCAAAAACAAGAAACUAAAUGAAGAGAUCGAGGAACAGAAGAAAGUAAUUAUAGACCUCUCAAAGAGACUCCAGUAUAAUGAAAAAAGUUGCAGUGAGUUACAGGAAGAACUAGUAAUGGCUAAGAAGCACCAGGCCUUCCUAGUAGAGACAUGUGAAAAUAACGUGAAAGAAUUGGAAUCGAUCUUGGACAGCUUUACUGUGUCGGGCCAGUGGACAUCAGGCAUCCACAAGGACAAAGAUAAACCUCCCAGCUUCUCUGUUGUCCUUGAGACGUUGAGGCGUACCUUGACAGAUUACCAGAACAAGCUGGAAGAUGCAUCUAAUGAGCUAAACAGCAUGAACGAUGCUAGGGAAAAGGCAUGUAAUGAACUUGAUUCUACGAAACAGAAGAUAGACUCUCACACUAAAAAUAUAAAGGAACUUCAGGAUAAACUGGCUGAUGUCAAUAAAGAGUUAAGUCAUUUACGCACUAAAUGUGCAGACCGAGAGGCUUUAAUCAGCACUUUAAAAGUGGAACUACAAAAUGUGCUGCACUGUUGGGAGAAAGAAAAGGCUCAAGCAGCCCAGUCUGAAAGUGAACUGCAGAAGCUUUCCCAGGCUUUCCAUAAGGAUGCUGAGGAGAAGCUAACCUUUCUUCACACCUUGUAUCAGCACUUGGUAGCAGGCUGUGUGCUCAUAAAACAACCAGAAGGCAUGCUGGAUAAAUUCUCUUGGUCUGAGCUUUGUGCAGUCUUACAGGAGAAUGUUGAUGCCCUGAUUGCAGACCUCAACAGGGCUAAUGAGAAGAUAAGCCAUCUAGAGUAUAUCUGUAAAAACAAGUCUGACACGAUGAGAGAGCUUCAGCAGACUCAGGAAGACACCUUUACCAAAGUGGCAGAACAGAUCAAAGCCCAAGAGAGCUGCUGGCACAAACAAAAGAAGGAACUAGAGCUGCAGUAUUCUGAACUCCUCCUGGAGGUGCAGAAGAGGGCACAGAAAUUUCAAGAAAUUGCUGAAAAAAAUAUGGAAAAAUUGAACCAUAUUGAGAAGUCGCAUGAACAGUUGGUUCUCGAAAAUUCGCACUUCAAAAAACUGUUAUCACAGACUCAAAGGGAACAGACAUCCUUGCUGGCAGCCUGUGCAUUGAUGGCUGGUGCCUUAUAUCCCCUCUAUAGCCGAUCAUGCGCCUUGUCUACACAGAGAGAUUUUCUCCAGGAGCAGGUCAACACCUUUGAGUUGUUCAAAUUGGAAAUUAGAACUCUAGCCCAGGCUUUGUCAACUGUAGAGGAAAAGAAGCAAGAGGAAGCCAAGAUGAAAAAGAAAACAUUCAAAGGAUUGAUACGUAUAUUUCGGAAAGUUGUUAUUGCAAUUUUGGCAGCAAACAGACUCAAGGUUUUGGGCCAAUCAUGUGCCUCUCUUUUUACCUGGAUGGAGAGUUUCAAAGAAGGCAUAGGCAUGUUAGUGUGCACAGGAGAGCCCAAAGACAAGCAUGAAUUUCCAAAACAUCAAAAGGAGCAGUUGCGUUGUUUACAAGCACUUAAUUGGCUCACCAGUUCUGACCUUCUUGCUGCAAUAAUCAGUUCUAUGACUGAAUUACAAGAUGUCAUUGGUAAAACAGAUCCAAAUUCCAGAAUUUGUGGACAUUUACUCAUAGGUGCAGCCAAGAAUUCUUUUGCAAAACUCAUGGAUAAAAUUAGUCUGGUAAUGGAAUGUAUACCUCUGCACAGUAGCAGGAGUAUUACAUAUGUAGAAAAAGAUUCCCUGGUUCAGAGGCUGGCCCAUGGACUUCAUAAAGUAAACACACUGGCCCUGAAAUAUGGUUUGCGUGGCCAUGUGCCCAUUAUGAAAAGCACAGCGUCGUUGCAGAAGCAAAUAUUUGGAUUUACACAAAGACUGCAUGCUGCAGAAGUGGAGCGCCGCUCACUACGCUUGGAGGUCACAGAAUUCAAACGAAGUGUGAAUGAAAUGAAAAAGGAGCUUGACAAAGCCCAGGGUCUGCAAAUGCAAUUACAUGAAUUUAAGCAAUCUAAAUUGAUCACCCAUGAGAAGUUUGAAAGUGCAUGUGAAGAACUAAAUAAUGCAUUACUUCGGGAACAGCAGGCACAAAUGCUAUUGAAUGAACAGGCACAACAACUACAGGAAUUGAAUUAUAGACUUGAAUUGCACUCCAGUGAGGAAGCUGACAAAAACCAAACUCUUGGAGAAGCUGUUAAGAGUCUCUCCGAGGCAAAGAUGGAGCUGAGAAGAAAAGAUCAAUCUCUGCGUCAGCUCAAUAGACAUCUUACCCAGCUGGAGCAGGACAAGCGUCGACUAGAGGAGAACAUCCAUGAUGCAGAGAGUGCCCUCCGCAUGGCAGCCAAAGACAAAGAAUGUGUUGCAAAUCACAUGAGAGCAAUAGAAAAUACGCUUCACAAGGUCAGAGAUCAGAUCUCGCUGUCAUGGUCUGCGGCAAGCAGGAAUGACUUCACCCUGCAGCUACCCAAACUGCACCUGGAGACCUUUGCAAUGGAGGGGCUCAAGGGCGGGCCAGAGGUGGUAGCAUGCCAGGCUAUGAUUAAAAGUUUCAUGGAUGUCUACCAGCUUGCAAGCACUAGAAUCACAACAUUAGAGAAGGAAAUGACAUCUCAUCGAAGUCACAUCGCGGCCUUAAAAUCAGAACUUCACACAGCUUGUUUACGUGAAAAUGCAAGUUUACAAUCAAUAGGAUCACGAGACCAUUCAAAUCUCUCCAUUCCUUCAAGAGCUCCUCUUCCUGCUGACACAACUGGUAUUGGGGAUUUCUUACCAUUGAAAGCUGAACUUGAUACAACUUACACUUUCUUAAAGGAGACAUUUAUAAAUACUGUUCCCCAUGCUCUGACAUCAUCUCACUCCUCUCCAGUGACUAUGUCUGCUAAUGCCAACAGACCAACUCAGAUUGGAUUAUGACUUCAUGAAAUUUAAAAAUGGAGGAAGAGUUAACAGUACAAUUAAAAUUGUUUUGAAUGGGAAUUUUCUUAUCAGUUGACUUUUGUUUCAGCAGAAGUGGCAGUGGAUUUAAAAAAUCUGUGCGAUAUCUUGAUGUAUUCUGGUAGCUCUGUCUCCUUGAAUAAGGAAAUAGCCAACU